GCGGUCGACAUCAUUAAGUCAACGCCUCUGCAAGAGUCGGACGGAUAUAUAGUCGUCAGCCAGAAAGUCUUCGCAUCCUGUGCGGCACGUGCCAACUUAUCCUCGAGCAAACCCAGUCCAGUCCAAAGGAAGUGAUUCCACAAUGGCAGGCAAACUCCUGACUGUUUUCUCCCUUCUGGCCAUCACUGCAUCCUGUCGCGCAGGAUUCGCGGCCACCUAUGCCGGCUACCAUCCUGCCUAUGCCACCUACCAGGCUCCAGCUGCCGUCUACCAUGCGGCUCCGGUGGCCCAGGCUGCUGUCUACCACCAGGCGGCUCCAGUUUUCGCAAAGACCUUUGUGCCCGCUGCUCCUGUGUACACCAGAUCCUAUGCCUUGCCCACGCCAGUGGUGAAGGCGGUGGCUCCUGCUCCUCUCGCUCUGCCCGUCGCUGCUCCGGUGGUGAAGACCCUGGCUGCUGCUCCCGUGGUCGCUGCUCCAGUGGUGAAGACUGUGGCUGCUGCCCCCGCGGUUCUGAAGCAGGUGGAGUUGGAGUCCUCUCCGCGCUACGACUUCUCAUACGGCGUCCACGACAGCAUCACCGGGGACAUUAAGAGCCAGGUCGAGUCCCGGGACGGCGGCAAUGUGGUGGGAUCCUACUCCGUCCUGGAUGCCGAUGGUUUCAAGCGCACAGUGACCUACACCGCCGAUGACAUCAACGGAUUCAAUGCGGUGGUGCAGCGGGAACCGGUCGUGGCUGCCCGUGCCGUGGCUGCUCCAGUGGUUUCCGUGGCAUCUCCAGCUCCAGUUCCCGUCCAGGUCUCCGCUCCCGUGGCCUCGCUGCCCGCUCCCAUCUACUAUCCCCACCAGCAGGUGUUCGCUCCACAGCAGAUUCAACAGGUUGCCCAGCAGCAGGGUGAGGUGGUGGAGGCUCCUGUGGCCCAACAGCCCGAGCUGGAACCCACUCCCAUUGACUACAACGAGGGUCAGCAGCAGCAGCAGCAGGAGCAGCAGCAAUCGUAUCCCCAGGAUCAGCAGUUCCCGCCCUACUCUCCAGCUGGCCAAUCCUCUCCAGCUCCCGACAGCGAUGAUUCCGAUGUGGUGGAGGCACGAUCUGCCCCUGAGGCCAGCAGCACCACCACUGCUGCUCCAGUGACUGAGGAGAACAAGAAGACGGCCUAAAUUGGACUAUGAACGGAAAUAUUGAAAAAAUUAAUAAAAUACUUCGAGAAUACUAAAA